UGAACUUCCCCUUAGUGUCCGCAUUUCUCAUGAUAAACAGGACAAGAUACACAGUUGCCUUGAGCAUCUUUUCAGCCAGGUGGAUUCAAUUACCAACCUUCUGAAAGGACAAGCUGUGGUGAGGGCCUUUGAGCAAACCAAGUAUCUCACUCCAGGUCGAGGAUUACAAGAAUUUCAACAGGAAAUGGAAGCAAAGCUGAGCUGUCCCAAAAGGUUGAGGCUUCACAUCAAGCAAGAUCCUUGGAAUCUUCCUAGUAGUGUCCGGGCUCUUGCUCAGAGCAUCAGAAAAUUUGUGGAAGAGGUGAAGUGUAGGAUGCUCUUGGCUCUUCUUGAGUAUUCAGAUAGUGAAACACAGCUUCGGAGAGACAUGGUUUUCUGUCAAAGCCUCGUGGCCACUGUCUGCGCCUUCUCAGAGCAGCUCAUGGCGGCCUUAAACCAGAUGUUUGAUAACAGCAAGGAAAGUGAGAUGGAAACCUGGGAAGCCAGCAGGAGGUGGCUGGAUCAGAUAGCGAAUGCAGGGGUUCUUUUCCACUUUCAAUCACUUCUGUCACCAAACUUGACGGAUGAACAAGCCAUGCUAGAAGAUACUCUGGUUGCGCUGUUUGAUUUAGAGAAGGUUUCCUUUUACUUCAGACCAUCAGAAGAGGAACCGUUGGUUGCAAAUGUUUCUCUGACAUACCAAGCAGAAGGAAACCGGCAAGCUCUGAAAGUUUACUUCUACCUAGAUAGUUAUCAUUUUGAACAACUACCCCAAAGGUUGAAAAAUGGCGGAGGAUUUAAAAUUCAUCCCGUUCUCUUUGCACAAGCCCUGGAAAGUAUGGAAGGAUAUUACUACAGAGACAAUGUUUCUGUGGAAGAAUUUCAAGCCCAGAUAAAUGCAGCAUCCUUGGAAAAGGUUAAACAAUAUAACCAGAAGCUCCGAGCCUUCUACUUGGACAAGUCAAAUUCACCACCAAACUCCACAUCUAAAGCUGCUUAUGUAGAUAAGCUCAUGAGGCCUCUCAAUGCUUUGGAUGAGCUCUAUCGCCUGGUAACCUCAUUCAUCAGAUCCAAGCGGACAGCUGCUUGUGCAAACACGGCAUGCAGUGCAUCUGGAGUUGGACUGCUGUCAGUUUCCUCAGAACUCUGUGACAGGCUGGGGGCCUGCCACAUCAUCAUGUGUAGCAGUGGUGUGCAUCGGUGUACCCUGAGUGUGACUCUGGAGCAGGCCAUCAUCCUCGCCAGAAGCCACGGGCUGCCUCCUCGCUACAUCAUGCAGGCUACAGAUGUGAUGCGGAAGCAGGGAGCAAGAGUUCAGAACACAGCAAAGAAUUUGGGAGUCAGAGACCGGACCCCUCAGUCAGCACCCAGGUUGUACAAGCUGUGUGAGCCACCUCCUCCUGUGGGGGAUGAAUGAAGACCCUUCACAAGGAGACAACAGUCAGAAGCUCCACAAUGCACAUGUCUCAACAUUCUCCACUGAAAAUAAAGAGAUGCCUUCGUUCAGUUCCCUCCCCGUGGUGGAAAAAUUAACAUUCAGAUUGUACUUGGAUACUUACACUGAAAAUAGAUAAGAGUUCAUGCAGACAGUCAGUCUUAUCAAUGAAAUUCUUUCUUUCAGGUCAAAAUUCACUGGUGGAAUUCAUGGGGGAAAUAUUAGAGGUAAAAAAAAUAGUAGCAAUUGUACCUGCUUUCUCAUUCAUUAGUUUUAUAGUGUUUGCUUUCCACUGCCCCUCAUGGACAGAGGUAAUGGUGAUAGAUUUUUCCUGAAGAAGUCUGUCAUGGAGGAAACAUAGCUGCGUGCUGUGAGCCCUGAAAACAGGUUAGCGCCAAUAUAGCCUUGGUGGCACGGGUGCUUUGUUCCUCGUCUGUGUCAGAGAAGGUAUCUGUCAAAGGUGGAGAAGCGUGUGUUGCUUUCUCCCAUAGGAUUCUCAGUUGGGAAGAGCUUUUGAGUUCUCAGAAUGACAUCUUCCAAUGCUUUUGGGUAUAUUUCAAGUACUAGAUCCUGUGUUAUCAGUGGCCACGAAUAAGGAGUAGUGAGGACCAAGGAAGAGAAACACAAGCCUAAUGUACAAACCCAGCCUUGAACAUAGAACUAUCCUUUCUUCCUUAAGUAUAAUCUGUCUUCAUUCUGGAGGCUACGUCAUGUGUUGAGCAUUACGAGUGAAUUAUUAUUGGUCUUAAAUAUAUGGCUUUCAAAAUAAUUAAACAUUCUUACAGUGAAUAUAAUGAGUCAUGCAUUGGUUAACAUUUGGGACAAGUGCUGAGAAUAGUGCCAGCAGGUGGCUUACUUUAUCCCUAUGCAAGCAUCAUAGGGAGCAUACACAAGCUGAGGUGGUGACCUCAGUAGGUGAUAGAAUCUUCAAACACCAUGUUCGUGUAUGUUGAUCAUUGUUGACCAGAACACCAAUAUAUAGCACAUGCCUGAAUAUAGAUUUCAAUUAAGUAUGUGAAAUGCUUUCACAACUAAAGUUCAAGAAAACUACCAUUACAUUUUGUCUUAAUAAAAUCUAAUAAUGGCCCUCAAGCUGUUAUUAAGAAUCUUCUUCACUAGACACUGUACAUGGAGUAACAAAAAUACUGUUAUGAAUAUUUGGGAAAUCAACAUGUCUCCAUAUCCAGAUGGCUAUCUGUUGACUAGCAGCAAUCCUUACUUGACACAAAUUUUUGCAGGAAGUCCAUAUAGCUCAUGACCAGCAAACUGACAUCAGGUUCCAACGAAAAAGCUGAACACCCUGAAUUAAAUGAAGAUCGGACCUUUAGGUGCCUAUGUAUAUUAAGUCUAUCCUUAACUUUCAGGGAUUUAACAACUAGAUAUUGUUGGCACGUGAAGGUUCCUAUACAGUUUUGAAGGUUCAUGUGAAUCUGUGGCUUUCCUACACUGAACAUGUGAUCACUUUGAAUUCAUGGUGAAUGAAUGAACAGAGCUGACUAGCUUACUAGAACUUUCUUCCUGUCAUCAUAGCAUUUGGUAACCACCCUAGGAAUAAUCCUCAUCAGAGUCAUGAAGAGGCCAUCUAAAUGAUUCAGUUGUACUUUUCCAUGUCUCAUGGGAUCCAUUAUCUGUUAUCGUAUUGAUAAGCUCAUGAACUUUAAGGAUCUACUCUGUAUUCAGUGGAAUACACUCAAUAUUGUUUUUAGGGUUAAAAAUAGGCAUUAUCUUGCUCAUGUAACUGUAACCCCUCUGUACAGUAUCUUUACAAUAAAAUAUAUAUUAAAAAUAGGCAUACUGUCUACCAGUGUGCAUAGCACUUAUUAAAUGCUUGAGUAGUUUAUACCAACAACAGUCUAUGUAAUUUUUCUUGUACUAAAAUUACAGCCUACACUGAUGUUUACUCUGUACCAAAUAAUUAUUCUUCUUAGCCCAUAUUUACUUGUCUUAGCCCAUAUUUACUUGUUACUGUUUCACAGAAUCCUCACAAUAGGGCUGGGGGAUGUUUUUUUAUUGCCCUGUUUAAGAGUUGGGAAACUGAAGUGCACAAGUUCAUAUUACUAACAAGAAAGUCUCUUACUAUGCUAUGCUGUUUUCCCUUAUUGGUGUAAUAAUACUACAAAUUAUGUAUUGCUCUAGCUAGAGUUAUAUAGUAUGCAUUGCCAUUUAAUUCUGUAUCUUCUAUUGCACAAAGUGAAUGCAAAUAUGAAUGCAUAUUAAUGCCCUUAAUAUAUGAAAAUGUGCAGUUUCCCAGAUAUUUUAUCAUUCUGGAUGCACAUUUGCAAUAUGAAUUUUGUAUAGUGUAACCCCCUAAUUGAAAGUAAUAGUUUUAGACAUUUAUUACAAGUGUGGAAUAGUAAUCAUAUGAAACUUGACUAUAAUGUUGAAGGAGAGGUAACAGAAAAAAUAUGUAGUGGAGGAGUGACUAAUGACUGCUUUUCUUUACCAUAAAGUACCUCCAUAUAGUAUUGGACAUUUAACUGUCUGGCGGUUAUAGAAUCUAUUUACCUACAAGCUUCACAGUCCUCCCUAACAAGAGCUCCUUCAAAUGAUGCUGAAGCCUGCUAUCUAUCUUUCUAACUCCUACAUUUGGAUUUCUGACCCUUUCUGAAAUAGAUUACUAUGCAUUGAAGUUUUAUAUCUUACCGAGGACCUGGCUCAAAAAUAAUAAUCACUUACAAAGUCCAUACAUGGAAAUAUUCCAUUGUCUUUUGUGUCUUUUUCUAAUAUCAAAUUAUAUAACUUCUAAUGUUAAAUUAUGCAAUUUAAUAUAAGUACAAGAAAUGUGAUUAAACUAGCAGCUUAUAUCUAUUCCCACAAUGAUUUAGAUGAAAAGAAUGUCUGUUAUAAUUUUACUUCUAGUGGAUAUGUAACACUGAAUUUAAAGUUCACACUUUGUUUUAUAAGUUGGCAUCCCCUAAUGAAGAGCCAGGCUGUUUCCUAUCUCUUUAAGGUGUACACUGGCAGGGGUCUGGAUUCUCUCUGUAUUCAUUGGCUGUUUCCUGCAGUAACAAAACCCAAUUUAAAAUGAAGCUAAUGUCCUAGAGUAUCAUAAUAUAGAUGACAUAGAGACGACAUUGGUUCUGACUGCAUUAAUUUCAAUUUUGUAAUAAUUAAAUUCAGGAUAAAAUGAAAUUGACCCUAACUGUAACUGCCAAGAAAAUCAAUGGGUAAGCAAAGUCUUAAAGGAUAUAUUAACUAAUUUAAACAAUUUAUAUUCAGUCUUAUGAGCAUAUACCUUUCAUAGGCAAGAUUAGUAUUUAUUGAUUUGAAAGCAUUUAAUUAGGAGUAAAUUACUCCUUGUAUUUACAAUGAAUGCGUUCCUACUUAAAACAUUAAAAUAUUCUUUCAUUAGUUUGGGUGGUUCUUUUCUAUAGCACAUGAUUUAAUGCAGGUUAGUAGCAUUUUUAUUCACUUUUUAAAAAUAAAAUUAUGAUUUUGAAAGUUAAAAUAGUCUUUUUUUAAAUCAUUAGUAUUUUAUAUUUUACUUUAAAGGUCAUUUUCUGUCUUUCUACUGUAGUGGUAAUGAAAGUAACUAUUAUUAUUUAACUGAAUUGCUUCUGAAUUCUGUGUUAUCUUUUAAAGAUUUAUUUGUAUGUAAACUAUUUUCUAAAUUAUUCUUUAAUAACUCCUCCAUAACUAAUAAUUAACAUAAAUGCAUGAACAAUUUCUUGAAUGAAUUGCCAAAUGUGCUGUAUGAGAACUAAGGAAAAGCAUAUUGAAAUCACUUAGGGUACUCUUUUAAUUAAAAAAUAUUUUCCAUCCUGUUAAGUGUUUUGAGCAUUUGUGAUGAGUCUUGACAGAACAGGUGGGAAAACCUGCAGAAAGAUGGCCACAGCAUUUUCAUCUUAUGAUGCUGGCCACCAUCUUUGACCAUAUCACAUUUCUGUCAGUCACUUGGCUUACUCUUUUGCGACAAAUGGCAAAUUCACCACCUCAAUGAUUUGCCAUGAACUGUGAGCCUAGCAUUCACACUGCCAAGUACCUAUUGGAGUGCAUAGGAGACUUAAAUAUUCUCUAUAAACCGUCUAGCAGCUGUGAUCUAAACACAUGGCCUACUUUACUCAGGAGAGUUUGCUUCCUUCACUGGAAAUAGAUUUCUGUUGUCUACUAAGCCUACUAAAUGAGAAUUAUCUAUUUGUAUGCAUAUGCCUCUAUAUACUAUAUGUAUUUACUGCAUUUUAUUUUGACAUGCUACAAAAGUAGAUUCUUGUGUCUUGUUUUGAAUGAUGAUAUAAGAAAUGGAGUUGAUCAAUGUACUGAACAUCUGUACUGUAUACAUCAGAGCUGUCUAUGUAGCAAAUGUAUCUGGCCAAGUAUCUGCUUCUACUUUACUCUUUGAAUUAGCUUUCCAUUACUAUAAUAAAAUAACUGAGCUAAUCACCUUAUAAAGAUAAAAAGGUUACUUUGGUUUUGAAUUAAGGAGUUUCCAUUCCAUGAUGAACUGGGUCUGCGAUGUGAUGAGGCAGCAAGUCAAGUCAGAAAUAUAUAGCAGAGCAAGAUCACUCACCUCAUCAGCUGAAAGUGCAGAAGGGACAUAUUUUCCACAAGUUCCUUCAAGGGCAGGCCCCCACUGACAUAAUAACCUCCCACUAGUCCCCACCUCCCAAAGUUUUCACCACAUCUCAAUAGUAUCACCCUGGGACCAAGCUUUUAACACAUGGAAUUGUGGGAAAUAGUGAAAGUCUGAAUCAUAGCACUGUUGUAUGUAAUCUGAAACCAAUUGACCAGCCUUGCCAUUGAGAAAUAGCUGCUUAACAACAAAUAUGUUCAAGUUUAAGUUAUAUUUGUACUAGGAAUAAAAACUAGAGGAUACUUUAUUUUAAUGACAAGAAUAAACAUCAUACCAAUGAAUCUAGUAUGUGUAUUAGACAUUUUUGGUUCUUAAAAAAAACCACAUUGCCUCUGUGUUACUGAUCAGUUGUGUACCCUUAAAAUGAAAUUAUUUAUAACACAAACCUAUCAUAAUGUCAUAUUUAUAUGAUAUACUGUAUGUAGCCAAGAACACUAAGUUGGUGAAAUGCUUCAGAAAACAUAUAUUUGAGUUGGAGUAUCUAAUGCCUCAAGCAAAUUUAUUAGUGUUUCAGAUAAAUAUAUAUUUUUGUAACUGCCACAUAAAUGAGUAAAACAUAGCUUUUUGCCUAAAAUAUUUUUAUAAGUUCUCAUUUACACAGUACUCAUUUUAAAUAGUAAAAUAUCAAUGGUUCUAUAAAUAGUAAUUGUUUUGAAUAUAUCCAUACUUAACAUUGGAUAAUAUCCAAAAAUUAAUGAUAAGUUUCAUCAGAAUGUAUUAUGGUGUUUUUGUCCUUUGUAAAAUAUUCAUGUAACAUAGUUUCAGUCAUUUCAGACUUUGUGUAUUGUUCAAGUUAGCAAAAUGCAUUAUGUAUUUUAUGUCACUUGUUUAUGUCAGUAUAAAAGCAGUAUAGUAACAUUUUAUAAUAAAUGUCAAUAAUAAUAAAGUGGAUUAUAGUAUGA